AUAGUACCAGUUUGUGAGAAAGAUACGUGAAGUUUCUUUGCUAAAAUGUCUAAGUUGAUAAGUAUUGCAUUCAUUAUUUUAAUCCUAAACUUGUGUGUUUCUGGGAACGAGGAUUAUUGCUGUCGUCCUAACUACAAGCAAGGAAGACCUGGUAAAAGAGGAAUUCAGGGGCCGGAAGGUCCAACGGGAUCAGCGGGUAAAAAUGGCUCGCCAGGUUCCGUUGGUCCAGCAGGACCUCCUGGGAGUAGUGGAAGUAUCGGCCCAAAAGGGGAAAGAGGCAGUUCAGGUUCUCCAGGAAAGUCAGUCGAUGUUAACCAGAUAAUCAAAAUGGUUGAUGCAAAAUUAGCUUCACUAAGAAUUGAGAAUUCUGCACUUAAAAUGCGAAUCGAAAAACUUGAAAAGUGUCGAUGCGUCAAAACUCCCAUAAUCAAACCUCUUCCAUCGAAGAUUCCUUUCCCAAUAACAAGAGGACCCAUUUUUACAAGAUUUCCGCUUCCAGAUUUCCCCGGUCCAAUACCACACUUUCCAGAUGGUAGACGGAUCCCAUUCCAAAAGAAGUAAUGUCGACUGAAUGAAUAUAUUAGUCUAAAAAAUACAUAACAUAUUUUCUUCUAUAUAUAUCAAUAUUUGAAACCGUGAACUGCUUAAAUUUACUGAAACUUUUGAUUGCAAGGAAAUUGAAAAAGCGGUGGAUGAGUUUUUGGUCGAAAACUUUGCCCAAAUCACAAAUGAGAAAGAAUUUCUUUUACUCGAUGGUGAAGUUUUAAAAUCAUAUUUGUCAUCGGAGGAAAUUUAUCGAUGUACUGAGAAGAUUAUUUGGAAAGCAAUAAAUCGACGCGGACCCAAAUAAUCGAUUAAAUUUAUUUUCGGAUAUUUUUCGGACAACAAUAAAGGAUUCUUAGAUGAAUUUCUAUUAGUGAAAAGUUAAGGUGACAUCACUCCAACUCGUCUUUUGUUACUCUGUAUCAUCUGAAUACCACCAACGAAAUAAUGCGCGUUUGGAAGAAAUAAUACAGUCAAUAAUUAACUCCCUAAUAAAUUUAGCAACCCUUACAAAAUCAUUAGUAUGGUGUGGCAGAAAUUUUUUCACUUUUAAAAGCUUAUACUCUUUUUCUAGUUAUGUUGUUUACGAGGUAAUUUAUCCCAAGUUUCUCCUAUAUAUUUUUUAUUUUAUUCUCUGUCGUUUUGUGUGUGUUAAUUUAAUACUCAUAACAUAAUGAAGUGAAAACGUACCACUACCUUUGGCAAAACCUUUCUUUUUUGUACGCUUCA